CUCUAGGAAAAGAUGAAUCCCAGUGCUCCCAGUUACCCCAUGGCUUCCCUGUACGUUGGGGAUCUGCACCAAGACGUGACUGAAGCCAUGCUGUAUGAGAAGUUCAGUCCUGCAGGCCCCAUCUUGUCAAUCAGAGUCUGCAGGGAUAUGAUCACCCGGAGAUCUCUUGGCUACGCAUACGUCAACUUCCAGCAGCCGGCUGACGCUGAGCGUGCUUUGGAUACGAUGAACUUUGAUGUCAUAAAGGGCAAACCUGUGCGUAUCAUGUGGUCUCAGCGUGACCCCUCUCUCCGUAAAAGUGGUGUUGGCAACAUCUUCAUCAAGAAUCUGGACAAGUCUAUCGAUAAUAAAGCUCUGUAUGAUACCUUUUCAGCGUUUGGAAAUAUCCUUUCGUGUAAGGUCGUGUGUGAUGAAAAUGGAUCAAAAGGCUAUGGAUUUGUUCACUUCGAGACACAGGAGGCUGCUGAGAGAGCCAUCGAUAAAAUGAACGGCAUGCUCUUGAAUGACCGCAAAGUGUUUGUCGGCCGUUUCAAAUCCCGCAAAGAAAGAGAGGCUGAACUUGGAGCCAGAGCUAAAGAGUUUACAAAUGUAUACAUCAAGAAUUUCGGGGAAGACAUGGAUGACGAGAGACUUAAGGAAAUGUUUGGUAAAUACGGACCAGCUCUUAGUGUUAAAGUUAUGACUGAUGAACAUGGCAAAUCCAAAGGCUUUGGCUUCGUCAGCUUUGAAAGGCACGAGGACGCUCAAAAAGCUGUGGAUGACAUGAACGGCAAAGAUAUGAAUGGCAAAGCCAUAUAUGUUGGCCGUGCCCAGAAGAAGGUGGAAAGACAAACUGAGCUGAAACGAAAAUUUGAACAAAUGAAGCAGGACAGAAUCACCAGAUACCAGGGUGUGAACCUUUAUGUGAAGAAUCUGGAUGAUGGUAUUGAUGAUGAACGCCUGCGGAAAGAAUUCUCACCUUUUGGGACAAUCACCAGUGCAAAGGUCAUGAUGGAAGGCGGUCGUAGCAAAGGUUUUGGAUUCGUAUGCUUCUCCUCCCCCGAGGAGGCCACCAAAGCAGUUACUGAAAUGAAUGGCAGAAUUGUGGCCACCAAACCAUUGUAUGUUGCUCUGGCACAGCGCAAGGAAGAGAGGCAAGCACAUCUGACCAAUCAGUAUAUGCAGAGGAUGGCCAGCGUUCGUGCCGUACCUAAUCCCGUAAUCAACCCCUACCAGCCACCACCAUCCAGCUACUUCAUGGCUGCCUUACCACCAACUCAGAACCGCGCUGCGUACUAUCCUGCUGGGCAGCUUGCUCAACUCAGACCAAGUCCCCGCUGGACCGCCCAGGGUGCCAGACAUCCGUUCCAGAACAUGCCAGGGACUAUCCGCGCUGCUGCUCCAAGGCCACCAGCUUUCGGAGCCAUGAGGCCAACCUCUUCCCAGGUUCCACGUGUUGUGUCUGCACAGCGUGUUGCAAAUACAUCAACACAGACUAUGGGCCCUAGACCCACCACAGCUGCAGCGGCAGCAGCUGCUACUUCCAACGUACGCUCUGUUCCUCAGUACAAGUAUGCUGCUGGUGUCCGUAAUCCUCAGCAACAUCUUGGCACACAACAGCAAGUUACCAUGCAGCAGCCGGCUGUCCAUGUGCAAGGUCAGGAGCCUCUGACUGCUUCCAUGCUGGCUGCAGCUCCUCCACAGGAACAGAAACAAAUGCUUGGUGAGCGUCUAUUCCCUCUGAUCCAAGCUAUGCAUCCAACCCUUGCUGGUAAAAUUACUGGCAUGCUACUGGAGAUUGACAACUCUGAGCUUCUUCACAUGCUGGAGUCACCAGAGUCUCUGCGCUCCAAGGUGGAUGAAGCUGUUGCUGUGCUGCAGGCCCAUCAGGCUAAGGAGGCUGCCCAGAAAGCCGUGAAUAACACCACAGGAGUGGUUGCUGUGUAACAUACAUACAGAUGGAACAUCAAUGAACCUCACUUCACCGGAGAAAACUACCAAAACAUGGAAAAACCUGAAAUCUUGCAAAAAACACUGCAAAACAUAAAAUCCAAUAAAAAAGGAAAGGAAACUUCAAUGCUUACGUACAGAGCAAAUGCCAGGUCUGGCAUAAUUGCUAGUCCUAGAUAUUAAAAAAAAAUAUAUAAAAUUAAAAAAAAUAGCAAAAUAAAAAAACAAACAUAAUGUUUUUUUAGUCCUGGGGAAAGGCAUUUUGAAAACAGUACGGGAAGUUAAGCAUUCCUUUCUUUUGAUUUUUGUAAUUUACUGUGGAAAAGCUCAGAAUUUCACUGCAGUAGGUUGUGGGAAAUGAUAGCUGGGCAAAGAAACAUAAUUUGGAUUAUAAAAAUUCUUGCUUUAAUAAAAUUACUUUAAAACAA